AUGCCGGGUGUCGGGGCGGGGGCGGGGUGGCGUUGGAGCUGCAGUCAGCACUCCGAGGCAACAGACUGCCGAGGAGAGGUCCGCAGGCUGCGUCCGCUCGCCCGCGCUAUCUUUGCGGACCCCACUCCGGGUCCCUUACCUGCUCCUCUCGCUUCUCCUCCUCUUAGGGGUCGUCCCCGGCCCGGGCUCCCUCGGGGCCACUCGGAGCAGGUACCAAGAGGCAAGGAGGCGACCGCCGGGUCUGACGCGAAAGCGGGGCGUGCAAGCAAGACUAGGCACUGGCCGGUCACGUGGGGCUUGUGUCGCCACGGAAAGCCACGCCCUCGCCCCGCCCUUCCUGCCCCUCGGGGUCUCGCAGAGCCAGCGGUGCCUUGCAGAGCCUUUGGUGGUGCACACACACCUUCCGUUGUCCCUCACUCUUCACCACCACCACCCGCCGCCCUGUGA